CUUCCUUUCUGAUGGCCGUAAGGAGCUGCGACUGCUCCCCGGUACGUAUAACUCGUCAGAAAUCCUCGAAGGCUCCAAUCGCCAUCUAUCAUCAUUCGCGCCUCUUCUCUGUAACAUUUCCUUCUUCCUCUCCUCGAAGUCAUUUGGUUCUUUCCUCCAAAUCAUCCCCCUCUCUUCUCCAAGAUGCCUCGAAGAAUCUCCAAAUUCCUUCCAGCUCCCCACUUCAGCUGACUCCUCCCUUGCCUGACCUCUUUAUUUCCAACGAAUUCAUCGAUAGCUUGUGCCAGAAUCACCAGACUGAAUCUCUUGCCUUUUGCUACUACCAAAAGGCAACAGCUCAGCCUGGUUUUGAGUUGGAACCGCAAACCUUGAAGCUGGUACUGAAGACUCUAGUCAGAAACAGACAAUGGAGUUCAAUAUCUGCAAUAGCAAAGGAUUUUCUUUUGCUUGAAGGAUUCCCAGAUAAGAUAUCAUGCUGUAAAUUAAUUAGCAGCUGCAUUCGAGCUCGGAAGUUUAAACUUGUUGAGUUCUUACUUGGUGUUCUUGAAUGUAAGAAGGAUGUCGCAGUCCCAUCCUACGCUGCUGUCAUGAAUGGCUACAAUAAGCUCCACAUGUACCGAAGCACAGUUUCGGUGUUUGAUAGAAUGAUUUCUGUGGGGGUUUCUCCUGAUGCAAAAUGCUAUUACUUAAUUAUGGAAGCUCAUAGAAAGCUUAGGAACGCAGAUAUGGUUCUUUCCCUCUUUCUCAAGUUCAUUUCUGAGAAAAAAGAAACAGUGGCUGCCUCUGUUCACAUCUAUUAUGUCUUGUGUGAUUCACUUGGCAGGUCGGGCAGAGCCGUUGAAGCCCUUAGAUAUUUCAGAGAGAUGAUCGAAAAGAGAAUUACUCCAACACCUUCAAUAUAUUCUUCACUGAUCUGCUCUUUUGCAGGGAUCAGAGAGGCAGAGAUUGCUUGGGAUCUUUACAGUGAAGCUAAGGCGAAGGGGUUGGUGAGAGACCCGGAUAUGUUUCUGAAACUUGUACUGAUGUAUGUGGAUUUGGGAUUACUGGAGAAGACAGUUGAGAUUGUUGAGGAGAUGGUGGAGAUGAAGAUGAAGGUUACAGACUGCAUCUUGUGUGCUGUUAUAAAUGGUUACACUAAGAAAAGGGGGCUUUGGGCAUCAAUGAAGUCAUAUGAGAAGCUGAAAUCUCUAGGAUGUGAGCCAGGCCAGGUGACCUAUGCUUCAAUUAUUAAUGUUUAUUGUCGCCUUGGUCUAUAUCCAAAUGCCGAGAAUACAUUUGUUGAAAUGCUUGAGAGAGGCUUUGACAGAUGUGUGGUAGCCUACUCGAAUAUAAUUUCUAUGUAUGGGAAGAAUGGAAGGGAUAGAGAUGCCAUGAAACUUUUGGCAAAAAUGAAAGAGAAAGGGUGUGAGCCCAAUGUUUGGGUGUACAAUUCUCUCUUGGAUAUGCAUGGAAGGCUCCUCAAUCUCAAGCAAGUGGACAAAUUGUGGAAGGAGAUGAAGCGGAGGGGAAUUGCACCUGAUAGGGUCAGUUAUACUAGCUUAAUAUGUGCAUACAGCAAAGCUAGACAGUUUGAGGAGUGCAUAAAAUUUUAUGAUCAGUAUAAGAUGAAUGGUGGAAAGGCCGACAAGGCCUUGGCUGGGAUUAUGGUUGGAGUUUUCUCAAAGAUUAACAAAAUUGAUGAUUUGAUUAAGUUGCUUAAUGAUCUGAAGAUGGAUGGUAUGAGAUUUGAUGAUAGAUUGUACAAGUCUGCGCUCAAUGCUUUACGUGAUUCAGGGCUCCUAGUUCAUGUGAAGUGGCUAGAAGAAAAUUUUAGUUUUGAGAUUGAGAUGGAAAAAACUUGAUCAGCUAAGUCCAGGAUAUAUAAAUUUUAUUAAAUUUUGAUAGUACCGCCGUGUUAACUGAUUUCUUCUGCACAACUGGACUUUAGCUGCUGAAGUUGGCACUGACAUUAUAUACUUGCCCUAUCAAGCUCCUGGCAGAUUUAUGAGAUUCAUCAAAUGAUCUCAGCAAAGCUUCCGGAAGGUGCAUCAUCGAAUUCUCUCAUUUUCAAGUAUGGCUUCCAUGAAAUGCUUCCUUGGUCAGUUAUCAGAAAAGAAAUCUCAAAUGGGGGACUUUUACAUUAUGGGGUAAAUUAUACUCCACAACAUUGUCAUAAUUUUCUAUGUUCUAUAAUUGAUUUCCUUUUGUAUACA